AUGUCAUCUGAUAUGGAGCUAUCUUUUACACGUACGAUGGCCAAUCGAAUACAGAAUGCUCAAACUUCCAUUAUUAAAGGAGCAGUUUCGUUGUCAAAAAUUACUGACACUCUUGGUAGUGGACAAUCUAUGGAUGUGAAUCAUGUUCUGGAACAGGCAAUGGAGUCCCUAGCUCUUUUUGGACAUGCCAAUAAACAAUUAUGUUUUAUUCGUAGAGACUUGAUGAAACCCGAUAUGAGGGGCGAGUAUUUACAUCUAUGUAGUCAAAAUUUGAAAUACACAGACAGUCUGUUUGGUGAUGAUGUUUCCAAAACUGCCAAGGAUAUAUCUGAUUGCUCUCGUAUAAGUAACAAGAUUGGUGCUUUUCAAGGUCGCGGAGGACGAGGAAGGUCUAUCCGUGGUAGAGGAUUUAGAGGAAGAUUUUUUAGAGGUCAUUAUCGAGGACGUAGCUCUGGAGGUUUCUAUGGUUCAUAUGGUUCGGACUCAAAAAAACUUCCAGAAGAGUGGUCAAGGUCGACUUAA